GAGCAAGUGAGUGGAAAAGGGAUUCUGAAAAAUCAACGAAUGGAGUGAUUUAUUGCUAACGCGGACACCGAAGACGGGGGACUUCGCGAAGGAGUGACAUUUCAAAGACAGCCACUUUGGAGAGCGAUGUUAUUUAAGUUUCGAGAAAGACCGAGCAACCGAGUGGAUAUUUUUCUUAGUGAGAAUGUCCCUUGUCCAAGGAGUUCAGCAGAAACUGCGAAAAAGCUGUUUUGAACGUUUCAAAAAUUGGAAUCAGUAAUGUGCGGUUCAUUAUAAAGCACAUUAUCUCAAACCAGUUGAAUGGUGCAAACCUCAUCUUUAACGGUCGUAGAAUACAGUUCUCCCCAUAACCAUGUCUUGUUCUCUUUCUUUGUGCACUCUCUUAAUCCUUUUCUCCCUCGUCUGCCAUCCUCCUAUCCCCUUUGUCAGUUCCCUUUCCUUCAAUAUAAGUAGCUUUGAUGCGAAUGGAGGCGACAUAUUGCUCGAAGGAGUUGCGAGAAUUGUGUCUGGAGCUGUUCAACUAACCGAUAGCAAUAUCCUCCAGGCCUACUUUCAAGUAGGCCGCAUUCAGUAUUCCAAACCCAUUGAUAUAUGGGAUUCUGUUACAGGGAGACAAGCUGACUUCUCUACUCGUUUCUCAUUCACCAUCGAUACUAACAACGCCACUAAAUAUAGUGAUGGCAUGGCCUUUUUUCUUGCUCCUGUUGGCUUCCAAAUCCCCCCUAACUCAGCUGGUGGAUUCUUAGGAUUGUUCAAUGACAGCACACUUAAUGCUGGGCCUCAGAACCAAAUCGUCAUGGUCGAGUUCGAUACUUGGUCGAACUCGAGAUUUGAUCCUCCGGGGCAGCACAUAGGAAUCAACAGCAACUCACUCAGUUCGCUUGUUCAUGCCAGUUGGGAUGCUGGAUCACACAGCGGCAAUCCAACUAAUGUUCUGGUGACCUAUAAUUCCACCAGUAAGAAUCUUAGUGUAUUCUGGUCAUUUGAUGACAAGUCGGUUUCUCCAGGUGACAAAAGUUCCUUUCUUUCUUACCAAAUUGAUCUCGCUAAAGUUCUUCCUGAAUCUGUAGCGAUUGGAUUCUCAGCUUCUUGUGGCGUUUCUUACGAGAGUCACAGCAUCAAUUCAUGGGAAAUUAAUUCAAGCUUGAACGUUGAGCGUCCCUCACCGGCGGAUACAUCAAACAAGGGGGUCUCUAAGUUGUAUAGGAUUAUAACAUUUAUCACUGCUCCCGUAGCAUGUCUCUUGAUGGUUAUUUUAGCAGGUUCUUGCUUAUUUAUGACCACGAUGAGGAAAAAAUGUGAGUUUCGGGCUCUGACUCACAUUGACAAAGAGAUAGUAGCAUUGCCACUGCAAUUCUCUUAUCAAGAGUUGCUUGUUGGUACAAAUGGAUUUGCAAAUGAUCGAAGACUAGGCCAAGGAGGGUCUGGCCAAGUUUACAAAGGAUUUUUGAACUGUUUAGAUCGCCUAGUUGCUGUCAAAAGAAUCUUUGCAGAAUCCAAACAUUCAGAAAAGGUUUUCACCAACGAAGUGAAGAUAAUAAGCCGCACGAUACACCGAAAUCUGGUGCAAUUCAUUGGAUGGUGCCAAGAGGAAGGUGAGUUUUUGCUUGUUUAUGAAUAUAUGCCUAAUGGUAGCCUAGAUAAUCAUCUCUUUGGAACUCGAAAAAGUCUGUCAUGGGAUGUGAGGUACAAGAUAGCUCUAGGCUUGGCAUUAGCCCUUAAUUAUCUUCAUGAAGAACUAGAGCAAUGCGUUCUUCACAGAGAUAUAAAAGCCGCCAACAUAUUACUCGACACAAACUUCAACACUAAGCUCGGCGACUUUGGAGUGGCUAAGCUCGUUGACCCACAGUUCAGGACUCAAAUGACAGAUGUGGUAGGGACACGUGGCUAUUUGGCACCAGAAUAUGCGAGUGAAGGGAGGGCUACUAAGGAGUCUGACAUGUUCAGCUUCGGGGUUGUGGCUCUAGAAAUCGUUUGUGGUAGGAGGGCGUAUGGGGAAGGUGAAUUUCAAGUUCCACUGUACAAGUGGCUUUGGCAACUUUACCUAACUGGAAACAUGCUUGAAGCAGCCGAUGAAUCAUUGAAUUCGAGUUUCGAUGGGAAGGAAAUGGAAUGCUUGAUGAUGGUGGGAUUGUGGUGUGUGCAUCCAGAUCCCAAGAGAAGGCCAAAAGCAGGACAAGUUAUAAGAUUUCUUCAGCUAGAAGUUCCGGUGCCCGAGUUUCCACGUGGCACCUAUGAGGCCCCCACUUUAUAUCAGCAAUCGGCACUAAGAAUAGAGUCUUCCUCUUCUAUGCAAGAAUCACUUCCCGUUAAGCAAGACACGUCAUGGCUCCUGAAGCCAUCCAGCAACACAUGUUGACUUUUGGGAAAAUGAAACAAAUGUUGUGACGGAUUAUUUAUGCUCAAUCGGCCUUUUCUUUGCUGUAAUAUAUUGUCUAGCUGCUGAUGUAGAUGUCAGAGAGACAUCAGUACCAUUAAAGAUGCCCACUUAUGCAAAAGCUCGCAUUGCAUAAUCUGAUUUUAUGAGGAAUGAUUCCAACGAAGUAUGUUCUUUGACUCUGUUUCAGUUACAAUCUGGAGAUGCCUUAAGCCUUUACAGGGAGAUAAUUUAGUCGAAAGAUUGGGUGGUUAUAACAGGUAGAAACUUUCUAAUAAAAAAAUUAUUUAAUUUAUGCACCGAGGAUAGUAGCGAAACAAGAGCAGUAGAAGCGUGCCUGCAAUUUAGAGGUAAACCAAGGGAAAAAAACCGUACUGGUGACAGAUUGUAGGUUCUUGACGAGUCAUUGUUAAGAACUAUCUAUCUCUUAACACUAGGUAUAUCCAAUCUUGCCGUAUUACCCGUGGUGGUGCUUUCUUGUCUUUAAGUAGAACAGUCCAUUCUGGAAAUUAGCGUUGCUACAUAACUUGGUUAAUGUCACCUACAAAGUUCUUGUUUCUAUUUCCUUUAAAUUCUUUGCAUGAGGAACUUGUCACUAAUUGUAAAUUUUUCUCUCCCAAAGAGAAAAUGUCAUACUCGACCAAAUCUUUCCAGUCCCACCAUAGCUUUUGCAUUUUUCAGGAUAUAAUGGUCCGCCGAAGAGGUUUCAACAGGUAAGUCAGCACCAUCGAAAUAUAACUUUUGUUCUGCUUCCUGGGAUCAGUUAAUUUAAGGGGAGUCAGUUCUAGCAAGAAUCUAUGACUGGACUGAUAUUGCAAGAACAAGUAAGCCUCGACCUGUUUUUUACUGUUAGAUUACCAUGUAUUCUCUCCAUGCUAGCUCUCGGUAGAUUAUGGAGGGAAAUAGAUCUUGCUUUACAUAUGAAGCAAAGAUCUGGCUGCAACAUUUUUCUCGCCGCUUGUUAGAUCAGUUCAUAUAAUAUAGGAGCAGGCUCUUAAGAUCUUUUACCCUUAUAUCUCAUUCGAGUAUUUUGGUCAUUUAUCGGGAUAACAUAAUCAGAAAAGCUAAUAGGAAGAUGAGUUGCAUGAUCCGCAAUUGCAAACUAAACCAAUCAGAAAAAAGAAAAGCAGAAAAGUGGAAAGGUGCCCCAGACUCGAAUUUCUAUGAGCAUGGAUGGAUGUUUCAGCAUGUCAGGAUAUAUGCAACACUGAUUGAAUUCGUCUUGGUCCAUUUUUGAGGCAUCGGUUAUAAUCGAGUGAAGCAGCCAAAAGAAUUUGAAAAGAUAAAGACUCUUUAUGUUUCCGGAUAGUGAGGUAUGACCCAAAUGCAUGUAGUUUAAGCUUAUUCACUAGGAGAUGUACUUGUUUGAGUCAUUCGAUAAGAUUCUCUUGUUCGAGUUAAAGAAGAUGGAGCGUGUCAAUCACUUAGCACAAGAAAAAUUGACAAUGGAACAGUGAUUCAUCAUUCAUCAGUAGAUUCUGUCAAAAAAGGCACCACUAGUGCUAAAUACAGAAGUAAGCCUACGGUAGAAAAAACUGCCUUCUGAAGUAAGCACAUGUAUCUAGAGGUUUUGUAUUAUACAUGGAGAGACCUAACUUCAGGAUCGUGGGGGGCUCCAUCUCUGUGCUAAAAGACACGUACAACAACCACACAUGAUUAACAGAAGCAAACAAAACAUAACCAUUCGUCUAUGUGCCUAAUUCUGCAGAAUUAACUCUCUGCUACUUUGGCCGUUGCAAUACUUAUGAUAUACUCGAUUUCUUCAGCGACUUCUUUCAUAGAAGGACGGUUCUGCCUACGUUCCUCCAAGCAUCCCACGGCAAGAAAUCCGAGCGCCUUCAUGGUCUCCACGUCGACGGUGCUUGCCUUUUCCUUCAGCAUCGGAUCCACGACAUCCAUUAUCCUCUCCUCCUCCACUGUCCUCUGCACAUAGACUGCCAGAUUCACAUCAUCGGCCGCUCGAUUGAAGUCUAUCGCCUUUUGAGACGUCAA